CGCCUCAGGCAGUGCGCUCGCGACACUCGAUCAGCGACACACACCGUAUACCACACGCGACUCUGCCACCUGCUCGCAGCUAUUACAGACGUAGUCGUGUGUCAGAUAACCGUUAUUCGUUUAUUUUUCAAAACGAUCGAACAACAACAACAACAAUAAUAAUAUUAUAAUCUACACUUUAGAUAUCGAUGAGCGUAAAUUAACUCGCAAAGUCACGGCAGUCUAUUCGUAUAUCUGUCGUCGUAGCCCGUUUAGUAGUCUUUUUUUUUCUUUUUUUUCUUUCCCGCGAUGGACCGAACGGAAGAGAAGAAGUCUGGCGCGCGAACCGGACAGAUCGUGGACGAACAGAAGACGAGCACCGUCGGCGGCGGUCGUCGUGCGGAAGAGGAACGAGUCGCCGACGGCUACCGCAGACCGGACGUAGACGGCGGUUCUGAAGACCGCGUUCCGGAAGAAGACGGUGUUUUUGGCAACCACAAAGGUCAGAAGGGUCAAAACAGUUUUGGCGGUCUCAGUUCCGUGGACGGGCGGUCGGCCGGCGGUCGUACUCGCGACCAGAAGACGAUCGGUGUCAGUUGGUCGGGAAAAGAGCGAAUCGCCGACGAGUUUCCGACAGAGUGGAAAACCGACGUCGAACGCGAGCCAGAUUGGCAAAUCGCCGACGACCACGCCGAUGCCGCCUCGCAGAUCAACGACGAGGACAUGUUGCCGCUCUUGGUGGUCAGCAACGAACCGCGGUACAGAGAUCAGAUGGUACAGGUGCCUGUCACACGUCUCCCGAGCAACACCAAGAGAUGCGUCCUCACGAUGGACGGUUAUUCGUACGUGAUCGUUGAACUACCAUCUUAUGGAGUGGCGGGCCCUCCAGACACUGCAGAAGAACCAUUUGACGGAAAUAGAGGAGAUGAUCCAGUAUUUAUGGAUGUAAACGAAGGCGCUAGCAGUUCACAGGACUCAGAUCAAAAUCCGAGACAAGGUGCAUUGACAAUUGUCCGCCGAAGUAGCCAGAAAAAAAGCACUUAUUCGGAAGAAUAUAGUAUGGCCUUGUCCAGAGAAAAUGAAUCAAUGUUAGACGAAGUAGAUCUCAGUCUCGAAGGAAUGCCAUCAUUCGAUUCAUCAGAAGCUGUCGAUAAGGCAGCACUCAGAUUGCGUUGUCUAUUGCGCCACUUGAGAAAAGGAGAGAUAUCGGCCGAAGUGUUGCACAAAAAUUUAUUUUUCGCUGCUAAAGUAUUGGAAUCAGCAUUUAUGGACGAAGAACAAAUUAAUUGCGAUUUGAAAAAUAGUCAAGAGGAAAUGGAGGAAAUUUCAAAAUCACCAGUACCGUCAACUUCAUCGGCCGCAGCAAUUACUUCACCAGUUAUCCGACAAAAACGACUCCGUGCACCCAUAUGGGCAAGACGAUUGGCUGCCGAAGAGGACGACGAACUUUCGGAAGUGCAACCGGACGCGGUACCACAAGAAGUUAGGGAUUGGCUUGCGUCUACAUUCACUAGACAGAUGGCUUGCACAAGGCGCAAGGGUGAGGAAAAACCAAAAUUCAAAUCGGUUGCACACGCCAUUCGUGCUGGAAUAUUUGUUGACCGUAUGUAUCGCCGAGUGAUCAACGCUCCGAUGAUGACAUUCCCAUCAGACGUUGUCGAAGUACUAAAGGACUUAAAUGAUUGGUCUUUUGACGUGUAUAAACUGGACAAUUAUGGAAAUGGACAGCCAAUCAAAUACUUGGGAUAUGACUUGCUCAAUCGUUACGGAAUAUUUCAAAAGUUUAAAGUUCCAUCGGUAGUCAUGGAGAACUUUUUAUGCAGAAUCGAAGAAGGCUAUUCAAGACAUAAAAAUCCGUAUCAUAACAAUCUACAUGGUGCUGAUGUCGCACAAACUGUGCAUUAUAUGCUUUGUCAAACUGGAUUAAUGAAUUGGCUAAGUGAUUUGGAAAUAUUCGCAAUGCUAAUUGCUGCUAUUACACACGACUUCGAACACACUGGAACAACAAAUAACUUCCAUGUAAUGUCGGGCACGGAGAUUGCACUAUUGUAUAAUGAUCGCGCUGUGUUGGAAAAUUAUCAUAUCAGUUCCACGUUCAGAAUAUUAAAAGAUGACGACUGUAACAUACUACAAAAUCUUACCAAAGAAGAAUUUCGUGAGUUCCGUACUCUAGUCAUAGAUAUGGUAUUAGCAACUGAUAUGAGUUUCCAUUUUCAACAAUUGAAAACUAUGAAGACUCUUUUAGCAUCACCGGAACCUACAAUCGACAAGUCCAAAGCAAUGUCAAUGGUGUUGCAUUGCGCUGAUAUUUCACAUCCUGCCAAAGAAUGGAGUUUACACUAUAGAUGGACAUGCCAAUUGUUGGAGGAGUUCUUUUUACAGGGAGACAUGGAGAAAAAGUUGGGACUCCCGUUCAGCCCGUUAUGUGACAGAAAUAAUACACUGAUUGCUGAGUCUCAAAUCGGAUUUAUUGAGUUCAUAGUUGAACCUAGUAUGACCGUGUGUAGUGACAUGUUGGAAUUAAUUUUGGGUCCAAUUAAUUUGGUUAAUCCGCCCAGAAGCAUUUCUAAUUUUGUGGUUGACGACAAUGAUGACACAGAUGACACAUCAAACCAAUCUGACGUAGCUAUCGCAUGCACAGCAAUGAGCUGCAGUAUCGAAGAUAGAAAAGAUAUAAAAGACAACAAAGAUAUCGAAGUUAAAAAUGAUAUUAAAGAUAAGAAAGAUAUCAAAGGUACUAAGGAAACCAAAAACAUUGAAGGUACCAAAGACAAUAAUGACUCGGAUUCCAUAAGCACCGCAACAAAACUCGAAGAAACUGACAAAGAAUCAAAACAGGAAACUAACGCUGAAAAUCCCCAAACUAGCAAUAAGUUAUACAAAAUAAAAAAACCAUGGAACGAUUGUUUGGCCAUAAACAAAAUGAAGUGGAAGGUACAAGCAGCUAGAGAAGCAAAACUCAGAGAAUCAAAGACAAAGUAUACAAUGCGCGACAUCAACGUGCCGCUUGUUGGUGAAAUUAUACAAGAUGAUAACAAAUCAUCAUCAACAGAUGUGGAGAAAACAGAAUAAAUGACCAUACUGCAGUUCGAUUUUUAUCCAUAUUGACCUGUUAUUAGAUUCUAAAUUUAUAAUUUGGAAAUAUUAGCGUUAUAUUGUAAAUAUUUAUUAAAGGUACUCUUCAUAAAUUUUAAAUAGUUUAAAAUUAGUUAUUUUAAAAAAUAGGCUCACUUUUAAAUAGUUACAUCAGAAACUAAAUAAUACCUGUAUAUAUAUAUGUGUGUGCGUGUGUGUGAGUAUGUGUCUUGGGGAGGUGUUUCUGUGUAUUUAUAAAUUUAUCUAUAUGCGUAUAUAGAUAUUUUUAUACAUACAAUGUAUUAUAUUUAUACAUAUGUGUGUAUAUAUUAUACCUGAACAAUUGUUUUCACUGAAAGGACGUCUUAAACUAUACCUGCGAUAUGCAUUUUAUUGAAUUAUUACCCAAUUAAAUUGAUAAUGUUCCCACUUUUAAUUUUUCAAUCACAGAUGUCGAUUUUCUUUAAAUCUAUUUACAUCUUUAGAAAUCGUAAAAUUCUACUAAGAAAAUAACAAUUAUUUUAAUACUCAUCAAUAAAGUAUUUAUUAUCUAUUUAUCGAUGAUGAUCAAAAAUAUUUCUGACAAAGCUUAAUUUGGUAUUAAAAAUAAUUUAUAUUUUCAAUUAAUUUAUUUAACUUUUAAACUUAUAACUUGACUAGGAAUGAAAAAAUGAUAUAUUAUAUUGUACAAAAUGUGUAUCGACUAUUGAAAAAAUGUUAUUGAUAUUAGUUCAAUUUAAGUCGUUUAAAACAAUGAGCGAGCUUAAAUUUCUAUAUUUUAUUUCUUGUUGGUUUAAGUUAAUUCAUGAAUAUUACAUACUUAACAUCUAAAAUUGUACUGAUAACGAAUUCGUCAUGCGUAGCACAUUAUUGUUAAAAAUAAACUGAGAUCUAUCAAAACAUUAUUCAGUAUUCUACUGUGCUCAAUUAAAUAUUGAAACACUAUACAAAUUGUGUUUGCACAUCAAAGUAUAAAAUAAAAUCCAAGGUUAGUGUAUGCUAAUUUCAAUUAUAACGGUUAAAUUAUUAUUUAUCUCUAUCAUAAAUUCAUAACGUUUAUUGUAGACAUUUUCGUUUUUUGGGUCGUAGUCAUGCGAUUGGCACAUAUCGUUGAAUAAUAAAUUAAUUCGCCAAUAUUUUGUUUAACUACUAAUCGAAGCAUCAGCUCCGUUUCAACUAAAUUAGCUAUCAUAAACUUUUAAAUUAUAAAUUGGUAUAAACGAAAUGCAAGUUGUUUGCUACAAAAAAAAAAAAAAAAAUUAAAUCAAAAACUUAAAAAAAUGUAUCAAAUGAACAAUUAUUAUUACAAAUUUGUUUAUUCAAUGAAAACUGAUUAAUUAAGUUUAGUAGGUACUUCUAUUUUCUAUGGUACAUAUUAAAUGUUACCUACAACUUAUAAAUCAUAUUAUAUCUAAUGUAGGUAUUUGCAGAUUAUAAAAUGUGAAUAUAAUAUAAGUACUGCGGUACCAGAUAGGACUCAGUGACGAGCAAAGAGGGCAUUUUUAAUAAAAACAUCUAUAAUAAAAAUAUAUGCAGAAUUUUUCUUCCCGAAGUAGAGCCUAUAUACCUAUAGAUCUACCACUCACUUAAUUAAAAAUAUAAUUCUUAUGGUUGGAUACAUUUAAAAUAUAAAUACAUAACAUCAAGCUACGAGUUUCAUCAAACCAUUAUGACAUACGUUCUCGGAUAAAAAAAACAAUUAUAUCGUAAAACACUAAGUUGAUUUACUUGAAACAUUGUCGAUUAGUAUAUUAUUUUAUACUAUAAUAUAUUAUAACUUGAAAUAGUUUUGAUUUUCAAGUCGGGGUACUCAGCUGGGGAAGUUUUAGACGAAUAAGAUGCAAGUCAAAAGUGGUUUGUUAUCAUUUAAAUAUAUCUAAAAUUAUCACCAAAUAUAUUCAAAUAUUGGUAAACUAAUCUAAUCAUUUUUAUUGAACAUGUUUAUUUGAGUUGCCUAUAAUAAAAAUGUAUUUUCUUUUUUUUUUUUUGAGUAUGGGGGGUUUUAACUGAUUGUGCCAGAUUUAAAUAAUUGAGUUUUGUGGUAUUAUUUUUUUUUUUUUAAUAAUCCAAAUAAGAAAACAUAAUAUAAUACAAUGAAAAAAAAAAUAUUAAUAGUUGUUUUAUUUAGUAGGUAUAGUAUGAGAAUUAUAUAUAAACUUUAAGUGUUUAUUUUACUAUUUAUUAUUAUAUUAGACCCUAAUGAUGAUCCAUUUGUUCCUUUGCUUGUGAUACACCAGAAAACACUUCAUGUUUUUGUUGGUGUCUUUUAAAAUAACGCCAGUUAAAAAAAAAAAUAAAUAAAAAUAAUUCACUAAUUUUAUUUGAUUUGAUUAUCUAAUACAUAAGUUUAAAUUAUGUGUUUUUUCAAUUUUAAAAUAUCAAAACUGAUUGGAUUAAUAAUACGCUUAUUAAUCAUGGGUGUAAGCACCUUUCAUUGUUUAUAGUGAUACAGUGGCGCACAAAUUAUAUUUUUAGGUGUCUAAUAUUCUGACAUAUAUUUAAAAAAUGGGUAGCUGGUUGAUAUUUAUUUUAAUGAACAGUGUGGGAUAUAAAGAGAUAAAGAGUAAAAGAUAAUAACAUGAAGAUGUAAAUAAUUAAUAAAUUAAUUGGAUUAAAUAUGUUCGGUAUACUAGUUGCGCUUUAAUUUGAGGCAAGUUUCGGAAGGAUGUGUGCGUUACAAAUGUUGAAUAAAGAUUUAAUCGAAUAAGAACAAUAUUAACUUUAUAUUGAUGUUUUUUUCCAAUUAUCUUGAUGUUCUCAAAUAUAAUAAGUAUAGGACCUUUUUGUUUAAUAUAAUAUUAAUUGUUUAAUGUAUUAUGUUAAAAAUAUUAAAAUAAAUAUUUUAAGUACAUAAGACGGGAAAUACUGAGUAGUAACACAUAAAACAUACAUUUCUUUUUAUACUAUAAUAAUAUAUGUAACGCGCGUUUAAAACAAUGAUCUUAGAUCCGACCAAAAAUAACUAUUCACCCGUCCAUUAAUAUUGAUUAUUGUACAAGCAAACACCAUUUAUAUUGUAAUUAAUUAUUAAUGAUCAAAAUAUUUAAUAUCUAUAUUAUGAAUUUCAAUAUAAUAAAAAAAAACUGUGCCAAAUUUGAAUAACAUUCGGUUUUACACAUUAAUAUCUAAUACAUAAUAAAUUAGAAAAAAAGUGGUUCAGAAAUUAGAUACCGUUGUAAAACUCUUGUACCAUACGCAUAUUAUGGUGUUUGAAUAAUAAUAUAGUUAUUGCUAAUAAUUACAAUAAAAGAAUAUUACUGAUUAUUUUUCUCGAUUAGUUAAAUAUUCCCGUUAACCUCCUACUUAACUACAGUCUAAUGGUAUGUAAUACAGAAAUACUGUUUAUUUAAAUAAUAUUACCUACUGUCUUUUGAAUUAAAAAAAAAUACAAUAUCUAUUGAAAAGAAAAUUAAUGCCACAACUUAUUACAAUUAGGUAUCUACCUACCUACUAUUAUAUUUUUAUUAAAUCCGAUUAACAGAAGUUUAAAAUAUAUAUUUUUUUCCUAUACAAUUUUUCUUAUUGAUCACAUCCAAAUAUUCUGUUGACAUAGUUCUGGACCAUUCUGUACCUAUAGGUACAUACAAAUAAAACAA